AUGGCCGGCAACGCGUGGAGGUCAAUGCUGUCCCAGGUGGUGGGUUCAGUGAGGAGACAGAGUCUGUGUUCAAGAUCCUUUUCUACGGGGUUGCAGACUGUUACACUGAUUCCUGGAGAUGGAAUUGGUCCGGAGAUCUCUUCUGCUGUUAUGAAGAUCUUUGAGGCUGCGAAAGCUCCAAUCCAGUGGGAAGAGAGGAAUGUAACGGCGAUAAAGGGACCAGGUGGCAGGUGGAUGAUCCCACCUGAUGCUAAAGAGUCCAUGGACAAGAGCAAGAUUGGACUGAAAGGUCCCCUGAAGACACCGAUUGCUGCAGGCCACCCUUCCAUGAACCUGCUGCUGAGAAAGACCUUUGAUCUUUACGCCAAUGUGCGCCCCUGUGUCUCCAUCGAGGGCUACAAGACUCCCUACACCGACGUUAACCUGGUCACCAUCCGCGAGAACACUGAGGGCGAGUACAGCGGCAUCGAACACGUGAUUGUUGAUGGUGUGGUGCAGAGUAUCAAACUGAUCACCGAGAAUGCCAGCAGGCGCAUUGCUGAGUAUGCCUUUGAAUAUGCCAGGAACAACCAGCGAGCCAGUGUGACGGCUGUGCACAAAGCUAACAUCAUGCGCAUGUCAGACGGUUUGUUUCUGAGGAAAUGCCGUGAGGUGGCAGAGAACUUCAAGGACAUUAAGUUCACUGAGAUGUACCUGGACACUGUGUGUCUCAAUAUGGUGCAGGAUCCCACCCAGUUUGAUGUGCUAGUCAUGCCCAACUUGUAUGGCGAUAUUCUAAGUGAUCUGUGUGCAGGCCUGAUUGGAGGACUUGGUGUCACUCCCAGUGGAAACAUUGGAGCCAAUGGUGUCGCCAUAUUUGAAUCGGUGCACGGCACAGCCCCAGACAUUGCUGGCCUGGACCUGGCAAACCCCACUGCCCUGCUGCUGAGCGCUGUCAUGAUGCUGCGCCACAUGGGUCUCCAUGGUUACGGCAAGAAGAUAGAGACAGCUUGUUUUGACACCAUCCGAGACAAGAAGGUGCUCACCAAGGACCUUGGAGGGAACUCCAAGUGUUCCGAGUUUACAGCUGAGAUCUGCCGCCGGGUUCAGGAUCUGGACUGAAACUGCUGGCGCUGCUGUAGAAGUCCAGCUCCAUAAUGCAUGCCUGCUGAAGAACUGCAGUACUUCAGCUCCUCGAUGAAGAUGAAGCAUUGAACUGUUUGGGAGGGAAAAAAAAUCAAGCUUUGUUCUGUGACAUUCCAGGGAAACGGUCUGUCGACUGUUUUGCUUUGAAGAGCUUUGUGUUGCAGUAUUCUGAUUUUGGUUCUGCUGUAUAACAUUCAAGAAAGAAUUGUCUGCUGUGUUAAGAGGACGGAUGGAUGCUAACUGCAUGAUGGUGGGGGGGCUUCUACUGUGGAUACCAGCACAGUUAAUCCAGCAGUACAUGUCAUAUGUGUGGGAUUGCAUCUUGUGGGCGAUGAUGGUAAUCUCUCCACACGUUUAACAAGCAGAAUGUCAUAGUAAAUGUUCGCACAAUUUUCAACAAGGAUGGAAUGAACCCAUUUCAUUGUCAUUGGCAGAGUGGUGUUGACUAAACAAAAUACCUCUUAAGUACAAUAACACUCUGAAUGUGUUGUCUGACAGUUUGGGUAUUUGGUAUUUUUUAAUGAUAAAUCAGUAUAACUGCUUUAAUGUCCUUUAAUGUAUUUAUUUCUGUUUCCUGCCCAUGGAUGCUAUUAUGUCUCAUGCAGCUCACUUCAUUUUCAAAGAUACAUAUAUAAAGGAAACUAGAUCAUGA